CAUGCGACUUGCUUGGCGCACCGGCUCACUCGACAAGAAACAUCGCAUUAUGGCCUCGCUGUAAGCCCGUGGAAACGUCCGUUCUGUAUAUACCCAACCGGCAAUCCGUCACCAUCGGCGCCUUGAUCAUGGACCUCCAGUCCAGAGGCUUUGUCCAGGGGUAUCGAAGUGACCAAUAGUACUCCUGAAGUCCUAUAUUAUUUGAUUUUGUGUACUGUCACUUUUGCACGUUCCGGGGAUUUAAAUAGCAAGUGACAGCGGUAGCGCCAUCCCCAUCUGCCGGCUAGCUACCUAGCUUGCUAAAUCACAAGUUUAAGAAGGGCGUCCUCUUUUUCAAGGAAAGGGGUAAAGGAAAACACCCCAUUGCUUUUAACGGGAAGAUAGUGCACCGUUGACCGGUUCCCCCCUUCGAACCACUAAAGCAUAAAUUCCUGGUAAGACGACUUAAUAUCUGUUAGCAUUGCUAGCUGCCCGGCACAUUCCGGCGGUGCUGCGUUCUUGUCAAAGGCAAACACUUGCUUGCUAGCUCGCUAGCUAAUCGAAGAGGGCCCCACCGGCUUACCAGCACCUAUCCAAUUCUGCAUGUAUUCGAGGUACUCUGCGAAGACAGAGCAAGCCUGAUGCAGAUCCACAAAAGCACAUGAAAUGAAUAAACCACCGCAGCCUAUAACAGGACCCGUGUCUGUCCCACACCCUGCCCCCUCCCCUGGACUCACACAGGCUGGCUAUGCCCCUGGACAGCCCCCUUCUCUCGUUUUUGCCAACCCGCAACUUCCACAAAUGAACCCUGCUCCGCAACCAAGACAGUUUGCGGCAGGGCCCCGUGCGUUACACCAACAGCCUUAUUACCCAAACCGGCCUACGAUGCCCACCAGUGCCCCCAGGGUGCAGACCAGCAGUGGCCCGCGGCCUGUGGGACCCACUCAUGUUUACCCUGCCGGCUCACAGAUGAUGAUGAUUCCCCAGCAGCAGAUCUCCUUUCCCGGCUCCCCGCAGGGCUAUUUCAUCCCCCCUGGCCAGUAUCGUCCUCAAUACAUGGCUCCCACCCAACAGUACCCUGUGACAGCCGGCACUGCAGGCUUCUUCCCUGGGACUAGCCCCGCUGAAUACCCUGGUUUUGAACCCUCUCAUGCUGCGCGGGAGAGGCGGGGCGGUGGGGGGAGAGGUGGCGGGCGUGAGAACGGUCGUCUCUCUCUCCAUGGCACUGCUCUCGCCCCCCAGCGCUACCCCGCUGGAGCGUACUAUCCAGCACAGCCUCAGUUCACUCAGAGUGUCCAGCCUGCGCCGGUCAUAAUCAGUCCCGCCCAGCAACCGCAACAAGCCCCGCCUCCUCAGCAACCUCCAGCCCAGCCACAAGGCCCGCCUAAGAGGGAACGUAUACCGAUCAGAAUACGAGACCCUAACCAGGGUGGGAAGGACAUCACGGAAGAGAUCAUGUCAGGUGGAAGGGCCACUUCCACACCAACGCCACCACAGGCCUCGUCAGAUAGUCCUGUCCUGAAUGGUGACGUUACACAGACUAUUGUUUCAGGAACUGAUGAAAGUACGGAAUCUGCUGCCAGCGUUGAAACUCCACCUCCAGCCUCCGCCAGCCCCGUCCCAGAGGUCCCACUGGAGACGGUGACCCCGGAGCUAGUGUCGGCUGAACCCCUCACGAAGCCGGCGGUGGCCGCCGCAGUCGAGGCCCCCCCUCCAUUGAUAGAGGAGCAAAAGCAGCAGCCCCCCGCUCCCGCUGUGCUGCCUCCACCAUCCCCCCCGCCGGCCGCAGAACCCGAGCCAGAGGCCGAGGUCAGCGACACGGUCGACGCCCCUGUUCCCCCGCCGGCCGCGUCGGCAGCCAAACGCGGCGGGGCCGGGCCCGUCGCUCCGUCCGCCGCCGAGAGGACGCCGGAGAAGGAGGAGGAGAAGAAACCUGAGGUGGCGAAGAAGUCUGAACCGGAGAAGUCGACCGUUGCCAAGCUGAAGAAGGAGCCCGCCGCUGGGCCCCCGGCGCCGGUGACCCCUUCCAGCGCGACCGCCGUCGAGGCGGCGAGCGCCCCCCCGGUGAAGGCGGCGAGCGCCCCCACGGUGAAGGCCUCGAGCGCCCCCACGGUGAAGGCCUCGAGCGCCCCCACGGUGAAGGCCUCGAGCGCCCCCCCGGUGAAGGCUGCGGUCGUCCCCACGGUGAAGGCCUCGAGCGCCCCCCCGGUGAAGGCCUCGAGCGCCCCCCCGGUGAAGGCUGCGGUCCCCCCCCCGGUGAAGGCUGCGGUCGUCCCCCCGGUGAAGGCUGCGGUCGUCCCCCCGGUGAAGGCUGCGGUGUUCGUCCCCCCGGUGGAGGCUGCGGUGGUCGUCCCCCCGGUGGAGGCUGCGGUAGUCCCCCCGGUGGAGGCUGCGGUCGUCCCCCCGGUGAAGGCUGCGGUGGUCGUCCCCCCCGAGGUGAAGUCUGCGGUCGUCCCCCCGGUGAAGGCUGCGAAAGCUGCCCCCGAGCCUGCGUUGGAGCCCCAGGCCUCCACGGAGGAGGCCGCGGCCUCCCCCAGCGAGCUGCCCGCCGCCCAAGCGGAGACGCCUCUCUCCAACGGCCUGGCUCAGGGAGCCGACGAGGCCUCCGAGGACCUCACUCCCGAAGUCGACACGCCGCUCGCAAAGCCUGUGAGCUGUCAGCCUCCGGAAGCCUCUGUGGCAGACCCUGCCCAGGAGAAAGAGGUGGAGGAGGCGGAGGAGGAGGAGGUGGAGGAGUUGGCGACGGAAACGACAGAGGAAGCCUCUGCCGCUCUCCCCGCCAAGGAUUCUACUACGCAAGCCGCCAUGUCUGUGCCAAAGAAGAAGAGAAACAUGAAGGAGCUAAACAAAAAGGCCACUGGAGACCUCCUGGAUGCCUUCAAAGAGGAACAGGCGGCCACACCGGUCCCUGAGCCCUCACCAGUUCAGGCUGAGCCAGCCGCGGCUGCCCCUGUUGCUGCUGAGAAGCCUGCGUCAGAGGCUGUUGAUGAGACCUGGGAGGAGAAGGAGGACAAGCAGAACCCAAAGCCAGUUGUGCCCAAAACUGAGCCCGCUGAGAAGAAGUACCAGUACAAAGAAGAGAACUGGAAGCCCAUCAACCCAGAGGACAAGAAGCAGUACGACAGGGACUUCCUUCUGGGCUGCCAGUUCAUCACCGCCAGCAUGCACAAACCUGAAGGUCUGCCGCUCAUCAACGAAGUGAUCCUGGACAAGGCCAAUGCGACACCAAUGCGCCCUGCAGACCCGGCCCGUGUGAUGAACGUUGGACCCGACUUUACCCCCUCGUACCUGGGUAACCUUGGCAGUAGGCAGUCGACGGGAGGACCGGGACCCGGACCACGAGGCCCGGUAAGAGGGGAGCCUCCCGGCCCGCGCCGCUCCCAGCAGGGCCAGCGGAAGGAGCCCAGGAAGAUCAUCAUCACCAGCAUGUCUCUGAACAACGAGGUGCAGCUCAACAAGGCGGAGAAGGCCUGGAAGCCCGGCGUGAAGAAGGCCGUGGGCGGCCGCGGCGCGGAGGAGGGCGCGGAGGAGGACGACCCCGAGGAGGUCAAGACCCAGGAGCUGUUCAAGCGCGUGCGCAGCGUGCUCAACAAGCUGACGCCGCAGAUGUUCCAGGCGCUGAUGAAGCAGGUGACGGACAUGUCCAUCGACACCGAGGCCAGGCUGAAGGGUGUCAUCGACCUCAUCUUCGAGAAGGCCAUCUCGGAGCCCAACUUCUCCGUGGCCUACGCCAACAUGUGCCGGUGCCUUAUGGGGCUGAAAGUCCCCACCACAGAUAAUCCAGAGGCCACUGUCAACUUCAGAAAGCUCCUGCUCAACCGCUGCCAAAAAGAGUUUGAAAAGGACCAAGACGACGACGUUAUCUUUGAGAAGAAGCAGAAGGAGUUGGAGGCAUCUAAAGACGACGAAGAGCGUGACCGCCUGAAGGUGGAGCUGCAGGCUUCCAAAGACAAGGCUCGCCGUCGGUCACUGGGCAACAUCAAGUUCAUCGGUGAGCUGUUCAAGCUGAAGAUGCUCACCGAGGCCAUCAUGCACGACUGUGUCGUGAAGCUGCUGAAGAAUCACGACGAAGAGUCUCUGGAGUGCCUCUGCAGGCUUCUCGCCACCAUCGGCAAAGACCUGGACUUUGAGAAGGCCAAGCCCCGCAUGGAGCAGUACUUCGCCCAGUUGGACAAAAUCAUCAAGGAGCGAAAGACCUCCUCCAGAAUCCGCUUCAUGCUGCUGGAUGUCAUUGACCUCCGAAGGUGCAAGUGGGUGCCUCGCAGAGGGGAGCAGGGCCCCAAAACCAUCGAGCAGAUCCACAAGGAUGCUGAGGCAGAAGAGCACAGGGAGCAGAUCAAGGUCCAGCAGCAGAUGCUUUCCAAGAAGGAUGGAGGAGGAGGAGGAGGCGGCGGUGGUGGAGGCCGGAUGGGAGGCGGCGGCGGUGGCGGCAAUAUGGGAGGCCGAGGACACCAUGCACAGGGAGGCGGCCGUGGGAGUCAGGUCCAGGACGAGGGCUGGAACACGGUGCCCAUCUCCAAGGGCAACAGACCCAUCGACACGACCCGCUUCAGCAAGAUCAUCAACAAGCCCGGUGCUCAGGACGUUGACGACCAGCGGUUGGCCCCCGGGGGGAGAGGUUUCGGUAACUGGACCAAAGGCAGCAGUGGGGGGACGGGGUCGAAAGCCCCUGGCGCAGAGCAGGAGUCCGGUCGCCCGGCCACCAGCACUGUGAACCGCUUCUCGGCCCUGCAGCAGUCUGGCCCGCCGUCAGGCGACGCCGACCGCAGAGUUCCUCAAAGGUCGAGCUCCAGCCGCGACCGCGGCGGGGAGAGGGACAGAAACGACCGGGGCUUUGACCGCUUCGAGCGCCGGGAGGGACGCGACGGUGGCGGCCGGCCGACCAUCACCAAGCGCAGCUUCAGCCGCGAGUCGCAUGAGCCCGGCGGCGACGGCGGCCGGGGGCCCACGGAGCCCGUGCGUCGCGUGUCCAGCAUGACCGACGACCGGGUCAGACGGGACCGUGCCGCCAGCAAGGAGCCUGCAGUGAAGCCCGGGCGUGACGCAACCCCUCCCCCCGCCGCCGCCUCCAAACCGGCCUUGAGCGAGGAGGAGAUGGAUAAGAAGUCCAACGCCAUCAUCGAGGAGUACAUCCACAUAAACGACUUGAAGGAGGCGCUGCAGUGCGUGUCCGAGAUGAACAGUGCCUCGCUGCUGUUUGUGUUCGUCCGGAACGGCGUGGAGUCGACACUGGAGCGCAGCCCCGCCGCCAGGGCCCACCUGGGCCACCUGAUGCAUCAGCUCAUCAAGGCUGGAACACUGCCCCCAGCGCAGUACUACAAAGGGCUUCAGGAGACCCUGGAGAUGGCCGAGGACAUGGCCAUAGACGUCCCUCACAUCUGGCUGUACCUGGCGGAGCAGAUCGUCCCGAUGCUGCAGGAGGGAGGGAUCCCCAUGGAGCAGCUCUUCAGGGAAAUCUCCAAGCCUCUAGUGCCUUUGGGAAUGGCCGGCGUUCUGCUGGCACAGAUUCUCACUUUGCUCUGCAAAGGAAUGACCCACAAAAAGGCCGGGGCCAUGUGGAACGAGGCGGGCCUGAACUGGAGCGAGUUCUUGUCCAAGGAUGUGGACGUCAACAAGUUUGUGACUGAGCAGCACCUGGAGUUCACGUUGGACACCGAGGGGUCUGAGGGGCCGGAGAAGAAGCCCCUGACCAACGAGGAGAUCAGCAAGCAGCUGGAAAGGCUCAUCCAGGACAAGGCCGAGAACCAGCGGAUCAUCGACUGGGUGGAGGCUAACUUGGACGCGCAGCAAUCCACCGGCAACUCGUUUGUGCGAGCGCUGAUGACGUCCGUGUGCCAGUCCGCCAUCAUUUGCGACAACCUCUACAAGGUGGACGGGAAGAAGAUCAGCGAGAGGGGAAGCCUGCUGCUGAAGUACCUGAGCGACGAGCCCAAAGAGCUCCAGGCUCUCUACGCCCUGCAGGCCCUCAUGGUGCACAUGGAGCAGCCUGCAAACCUGCUGCGGAUGUUCUUCGACAACCUGUACGACGAGGACGUCAUCAAAGAGGAGACCUUCUACAAGUGGGAGUCCAGCAAGGACCCCGCAGAGCAGACCGGCAAGGGUGUGGCGCUCAAGUCUGUCACCACCUUCUUCACCUGGCUCCGUGAGGCAGAGGAGGAGUCCGACAAAGAAUAAUGACCCGCCUCCACCCCCCCCCCCCCCCUCCUGUCUUUGGCAGGGGGGGUGGGGGGGUUCGCUGGGAACCCGGUUACAGACUACACGGCCUACACAGGCGGACUUAAUCAAUCCUCAAUGAGGAUAUCUUUUUUUUUUUUUUUGUUCGUGAGGGGGAGGACUGGUAAAAAAAAAAGAAAAAACAAUCAACUGUCUUUCCCGCUCCUUCUCUCUUGCUUCCCGUUCUCUGUUCACACCUGCUUGUGGCCCCGGCCCUAGAAUAACCCCAUGAGAAACGAUGCAGCAGGAUUGCUUGGUAAACUAUGCGUCGAAUGGCCUACGUCCGUUGCAUAAACAUUUUUGACAUUUGAGAAAGACACGUACAAACCAACACGCUGCUCUUUUUAUGGUUCUGGGGAAACGCUUUUCCUCAUCGUGUGAUCCAAGUGGUGACGGCGGGGGUGAAUCACUGAGCAUGUUGCAGGGGAACUUGGGUGUCAAUGUGGUAACGUGUGUGUGGGUGUGUGAGAUAUCGAAAUGAACAGAGCUCUUAUGUCUUUUGUCCUUUACUGAAGUGUGCAGCAUGAUUGAAGUGUGUUUGUAUUAAUGAUGAUAAAGUGGGAGAUUUCCUAGAAAAAAUGUACCUUGCUGACUAACCAUAACUCACGUUCAUUUUUUUGUUUUGUUUUUAUUUAAUUUUAUAACCACCUCCUCUUUGCUGAGAUGGGACCUGUGAAGACAGAAUCUAAGGGACUCUGAGCCUGAGACUAGACUAUUGACUACUAGGGAUGAUCUCGAUGCUUCCUUUCAAGCCAUGCUGUCUCCCACCCCCUUGCAGUCAACCAACCCUAUCUGAGACCCGACUAAUCUUCCUCAGUACCUAACACGAGCUGGUCUCCCUACACUCAAGUCAGGGAGAACCCUGCAGAGGCAUACUUAAACCCCAUCCACGUUAAAACUUGAACACAUUGAAAGCAGAAAUUGACUUGACAAGAUAUAUAUAUAAAAAGAAAAAGGAAAAAAAAAAACACAGAAGUGAUCCGAAAGCCUUUUCUGCUCUAAGUGGAAACACAUUUCAGGAGAGUUCUGUAAAUAUAUGAUUUUUUCUGUUUUAUUUUUCUGAAAUAAUGAAUAAAUUGCUAAUGAUGUAAUGCUACGUAUCCUUUUCCAGCAGAGAUGGCAGUUAUCCAGAUGCAAAGACGCUUUCGAUAAUCCAUUGAUUAGUUGUAUUGGGAUUUUUGUAAAUAUGUUUUUGCUUUCUUUAUUAUUUAAGGAAUUCUUUUUGCAUCGGUAACUGAAAGAUGAGGAAAUGGAGCAUUGCAAAUAAAGGAAUUAUCAAGUUGCAGUUUGUGGAGUGUCC